GAGCGGGGCUCCAAGCUGCAACCUGCAGUGGCCCAGUGCGGAAGGUGCUGCCGUCUCCUGGACAAGUCUUGCUUCAGCCGUCGGGCCUGGCGACAGGUGCGAGGAAAAGGUUCUCAGGGCCUUCGAGCUCCGAACAGCGCGUCCUGUCGGGACUGCAGCGGCCGACUGUAG